AUGAGAGUGUUUCUGUUCGUCGCAAUUUCCAUACUGUCAGCCAACGCAGGAGUGGUCCUGCAGGACGCCCCCAGUUGUCCCGAACAGCACGGGGUCCAGGCCUACGCCCAUCCCGAGUCCUGCAACCUCUUCUUCCUGUGCACCAAUGGUACUCUGACUGUCGAGCAGUGCGAGAAUGGUUUGCUCUUCGAUGGUAAAGGGGCCGUGCACCACCACUGCAACUACCACUGGGCUGUGGACUGCGGACAUCGCAAAGCUGAUUUGACGCCGAUUAGUACUCCUGGGUGUGAGUACCAGUUUGGAAUCUAUGAGGAAAGUCACGGCUGCUCGACCCAUUAUAUCAAAUGUGCCCAUGGGGAGCCCAUCCCGCAGGAGUGCGAACCUGGGCUGGUGUACGAUGAGAGGAUUCAUGGGUGUAACUGGCCGGAUCUUAAGCUGGAAGUUUGCAAUCCGGAAGCUGUCGUAGGCUUCAAAUGCCCUACCAAGGUCCCCUCAAACAGUCCCGCCGCCAAAUUCUGGCCCUACCCCCGAUUUGCCGUCCCCGGUGACUGCCACCGUCUCAUCACUUGUGUCAAUGGAUUCCCCCGUUUGAUUUCCUGCGGUGAAGGAAAAGCCUUCGAUCAACACUCUCUCACAUGUGAAGAACCUGAAUUGGUUCCUCACUGUGCCAACCACAUUAGAAAAUAA